CGCAAAUGAAUCAGUUAGUCAAUAUGCAGCUGAUAUCUGCUCAUUGCUUCACAAAAUUGACCCAGACAAUACUUAUCCAACUCAAUACAGAAUUCGUGAAUUUACCAAAGGUCUCAAUUCACAAUAUGUCUUUUUCAUUAAUUUAUAUCAAUCUGAAAUAUUUGAAAAAGCUAUUUCUAUUGCUAUUGAAACAGAAACUGGAUUCAAAACCACUUAUAACAAUCUAUUUACAUUGACAACCUCAACUAUAUCGUACAAUUAUGAAUUAUCAAUGCAAUCAAACACACUAACAACUAAUAACACUAAUAUCAACACAACUUU